UUUUUUCAUUUUGCAGUUUAAACAACUUUUCACAUCUUUCCAGAAAAAGUGAUGAACUGCAGUAACGAUAAACUGCCACUCCGCCGCUUCUGAUCGCAAAAAAAGGGGGGAAAUUCCAAAAACCUAAUUUCAAAUCUCAAUUCUGAGACAGCAGGCAUGGUGCAAUUCUCGAAAGUGAACAUUAAGGACUUCGUAGAAGCAGACGAUGAUGAAGAAGAGCCGGGUGAAGAGGUCGAAUCGGCGCCGCCGCUGAAAGUGGGCGAAGAGAGGGAAAUCGGCUCGAAAGGGCUCAGGAAAAGGCUCGUGAAGAGUGGAGUAGGUUGGGAGACACCUCAAUUCGGCGAUGAAGUAACAAUUCACUAUGUGGGGACUUUAUGUGAGGAUGGGAGCAUUUUUGCAUCAACAAGGACAAAGAAUGAGCCUGUCACUUUAAAGCUUGGACAUGGGAACAUAGUUGGUGGAUUGGACCACGGAAUUAUUACAAUGAAGAGAGGGGAAAUUGCAUCUUUCAUGCUACAGCCAGAACUAGCAUAUGGAGUAUCAGGAACAACUGGUGUACCUUCUAAUUCCAUUGUUCAAUUUGAAGUAGAACUUUUAUCAUGGAUUACUGUAGUGGACAUCUGCAAGGAUGGUGGAAUUAUCAAGAAAAUCCUGGAGUCUGGGGAACAGAUUGGGCCUCCUGGUGACUUAGAUGAAGUUUGUGUUAGUUACAAGGCUAUGCUGGGUGAUGGUACCAUUGUUGCAGAAACACCCGAAGAGGGCAUGGAAUUUUAUGUUGAAGAUGGCCACUUCUGUCCUGCAUUGACCAAAGCUCUUAAGACUAUGAAGAGGGGAGAAAGGGUCAGUUUGGUUGUUCAGCCACAGUAUGCCUUUGGGCAGAAGGGUCAUUCAUCAAACAAUGAGCUUCCUGUCAUCCCGCCUGAUUCUAUCCUAAGCAUCUUUGUCAAGUUGCUUUCAUUGAAGCCGGUGAUAGAUGUUACGGGUGAUUUGAAAGUCAAAAAGAAGGUCUUGAAGGAAGGUGAAGGCACAGUCACUGCUAAUGACGGUGCUACUGUUACUAUUAGGUAUACUGCUAUGCUAGAGGAUGGCACUGUGUUCGAGAGAAAGGGUUUUGGUGAUGAGCAGCCAUUGCAGUUCAUCACGGAUGAAGAACAAGUGAUUGCUGGACUUGACCGAGCAGUAAGCACUAUGAAGAAACAUGAACUUUCAUUAAUAACAAUAUCACCCGAGUAUGGGUUUGGAAACACUGAAGUAAAGAUGGAAUUUUCUUUGGUUCAACCAUCAUCAACCAUACUGUAUGAAGUUGAAAUGCUGGAUUUCAUCAGGGAGAAAGCACCUUGGGAAAUGAGUACUCCGGAGAGGAUUGAGGCAGCCACCCGGAAGAAAGAAGAAGGCAAUCAGCUCUUUAAAAUUGGAAAAUACCAACGAGCUGCAAAGAAAUAUGAAAAAGCGGUUGAUUAUGUCAGCCAAGACGAACCUUACACAGAUGGUGAUGAAAAAAUAAUCAAGCCCUUGACGAUAUCAUGCUGGUCAAAUGGUGCAGCUUGUUGUCUAAAACUGAAUAAUUUCAGGGAAGCGAUUGAUCUAUGCUCAAAGAUCCUGAAUGAAGAAUCUUGCAAUGUGAAAGCCCUGUACAGGAGAGCUCAGGCUUACAUGGGCAUCGCAGAAUUACUUCUAGCCGAACUAGACAUCAAGAAGGCCUUAGAAGUAGAUCCUCAGAAUAGGGAAAUGAAGUUGAUGCAGAUGAAUCUUAAGCAACUUCAAGCAGAGAAAAAUAAGCAAGAUGCCACGCUUUACAGAGCAAUGUUUUCAUCAAAAUCUGAAGAUGCUUGCAUUGCUGAAAAGAGAUUGAAGAUAUCCAACGACGAAGAGGAUACUAGCAUGCUUGACGAAAGUACUGCAGGAAUGAUAGUGGAAACUGAUAAGUAUAGCUGUUAAUUCACUUCUUCGGAAACUGGAGAUUAAACUUGAUUCUCAUCAAACCUUUGUUCACAUCACUCAUGUAUAGCACUAUAGCCUUACUAUUUUCUUAAUAUUUGAGAGACAGAUUGAUAAUUUUUUUUUAUUCUUUAAUCCUUCCAUAUUCCAUUAAAUAUUCCAUUU